UUCUGUGGAGCCCGGCUGGAAACACGCUCCUGUACAAGCGUUCUGUUCGGAAUCCUGUCACUAGAACCCACGCUCACACGAUUCUGUGCUGUAUUCAAUCGCAAUGGAUGAACCAUAUAACUUGGAAUUGUUUCCUGGGUGUCAGAUAAAACUGUUACUUUUUAGAAAUAUUAGAAAUGCAGCAGCCCUAAAACGUAAAGCAAUGGAAGGAUCCAUUGAAGGUGCAUUGCUAAAUCCUGCAUUGAUUCUAGAUGCACUUCAAAUUCGUGUGGCAGCAAACAAGGCAAUUCAUCUACACAGGCUUGGAAAAAUGAAGACGAGGUCCCUCAAUGCUGAGAUCAUAUUUAACCUGUCACCAACCAAUAAUAUUUCAGAAGCUUUCAAAAAGUUUGGUCUGUCAGACAGCAAUUCUGACGUUCUUGUUGUUUUGACUGAUGAUGGAAGAAAUACAUUGAAUUCCCAAGAAAUAAUCUCUCAUGUGGAUGGCCAGCAAGUCUCUUUAGCAGAGCUAUCACAACUAACAGAUAUCACACAAGUAAAAAAGGUAUAUAAAAUUACAGCGCAAGAAGAAAAGAUUGGCUCCAUAUUAGAUGCGGUUAUAUGCCGAAUGUCAACUAAAGAUGUUUUAUAAAUAUAUAUUUUUUGGACAUGUAA